AUGUUAUUAAGAAAAUUAGCAUUACUUUAUGAGUUUUGUUAAUAGUCUAUUAGACAUUGCUUUUAAUUUUUAUAAUAAGAUCCAAUAGAAUAAUCAGGAUAGAUUUAAAGUUAAUAUUAAAAAGCAAACAAGGAUGAAUAGUAGUUGAAAUAAUAAUAAUUGAAAUCAGGCUAUGGAGAUUUAGAAGAUUAGGAUAUAGAUCAUGUAAAAAUAGAAAUUAAAUUAGCAUUUGAUAGAAUAAGAGAAUCCUUUUGAAAAAUUGAAACCUACUUUAAAUUUCUAAAAUACUAUUCCACAAUAAUAAGAUAGUAAUAAUUAAAGGAUAGAAAAAGAGUAAAUAAAAUAUGAUGAAGAGAUGGUAGAGAUUCAUUAGAAUAAUAAUUGGAAUAAUCAUGAUAUUGAUUAAGAGAAUGAACAUAUUGAAUUAUGA